UCGUUUGGAUGGAGUUGCUCAUAUCGCCGGUGUAAUCAACGAAGAGCCUCGGCGUUGCAUAUCCAGCGUUAGGCGGUAGCAGGGGAUGCGUCUUGAUGAGAGGUACGUUCCGUACUUGCAGAUGGUCGGAUUGUACCAUCUUGCGAGACUGAACGACAGAUGGUUCCGACUAGACGAGCCCCUAGUCAGCGCAUUCGUCGAGAGGUAGCGGCCUGAGACGCACACCUUCCACAUGCCGUUCGGAGAGUGCACCAUCACGCUUCAGGACGUCGCUUACCAGCUGGGGUUGCCAGUGGACGGACAUUACGUCAGUGGUUGCCUGACAGACUUCCACCUUUAGAUUGAGGGUGGGAGGCCAGCUUGGCAGUGGUUCCAUGAGUUGCUCGGUGUUUUACCUCCCGAAAACCAAGUUCAGAAAUUCGCAGUCAACUGCACCUGGUUCCAGGAGACAUUUACAGAGUGUCCCGUAGGGGCUGAUGAGGAGACAGUUAGGCGCUUUGCCCGUGCCUAUAUCAUGAUGUUGUUGGGCACGCAGCUGUUUGCCGACAAGUCCGGCAAUCGUAUACACAUCAGAUGGCUACCCUUUGUUGCUAGGCUUGAGGAGAUGGGUGGCUACAGUUGGGGAUCGGCGGCACUAGGUUGGUUGUACCGGUGCAUGUGCCGAGUCGCCAACAGACAUGUCGUGAAGUUAGCUGGGCCGUUACAGUUACUGCAGUCUUGGAUCUUCUGGAGGUUUCCUUCUUUUAGGCCUACUGGGUAUGAUGCGUUUAGCUGGCCCCUUGCCUCGAGCAACAAGGGACCUCGUGUACAGAUGGCUCGCCUGAAGAUCGACUUGUUACAGCCUCGGGAUUUCAUAUGGAUGCCCUAUAGCGCACUCGACGUCAUCCAGGUUGUCCAUCCGGAGGUCUUGGAGCCUCGUCAUACAAUGUUAUGGCGUUGUGUGACGUCCCUGAUUUAUUUUGCGGUGGUUGAGUGGCAUCAGGUUGAUAGAGUUUUACCGCAGUUUGGCGGCGUUCAGCCCCCACCGCAUCCGCCCUGAACAUCGACUUCUUGAUGUCGAAGGACGGGCGAGGAGGUGACCGUUGGUUCCCGUCGCACUUACCUGACUGGCAUCUUCACUGGCAGAAUCGUGCGGAGCACAUUUUACAGUUCGACAUAGUGGCUGACCCGGGUCCCUCGCAUGAUUUCUUGGCAUGGUGGCAUCAGCACGGAAAGAGGUUCCUGUCGCCGGAGAUAUUAUUGGGGGAUCCGAGAGGUCUUCCUAUUCCGGAUGAGGCGACGCAGAGGGGUGCAGGCCGAGUUCUAGAGAUGGACCGAGUCGACGAUGUUCCUGACAAACGUCGUCUUGAGAGGAGAGCUCGAGUCGGGACACGUCGUAGCCAGCGUGAGUGGAACUGGCUGGAUCAUGCUAUGGAGGAUGUCGAGGACGCAGGUAGGGGUGGCGGGAGACGAUGUGGGCGUGGAGGCAGGAGGAGGGGGGCUGCUGCUAGAGAGGGUGCCCAUCAGCCUGGGGGGGAUGCAGCUGGAGGAGGUGAUGGGGCGGGGGUUGAUAGGCCCCGUCAGG